AUGUACGUCUUGUACAUCGGCCUCUUGUUUUGGCAUUCGAACGAUACGAGGGACUCGUGGGCCUAUCUAUACGCGACGCUUUCCACCUGGCUCGCCACUUGCGUAUCAUGCCUCUUUUACAAGUGGCAGACCUUCGGUAUCUUCCGCGACUGGUUCCAAGGUUUCCCUUCGAGACUGCGAGCGCUCCCCGCCGGCAUCACGAAGAUGGCUAUCCUUGCGUCGCCAGAUUUCCAACGUAUGCCUGGGCGCACUGCCGGCUGGGACUCCCUCACUUGUUCUCUCCCCGAGAACCACCCGUUCACGAUUUCUAUGUCCGAUCAUGACGUGGACGUGCCCGCGUCCCAGACUCUCGUGGCGGGUGGCAACGGCGUCUCGGCUUGCUUGCCGUGGAUGCAGCACGCCGCGAGGCGCAUCGAAGCAGGUCCCGUGACGACGUCGAUCGUAGACUUCUACGUGACACAUUCUUCGGGGUCAUCCGCCGCUGAGAGUACGGAUUCGGAGAAGAGCUCAGGCGACAGGGUCCCGAAAGCAGAUCGAGCGACGCUGGUACAGCCGUGGUAG